GGUUCAUAAUCCUUAUUGAUUCGGAGUAAUAUUUGCGUUGCUGUUACUGAAAUGGAUUCCCGCCAUCCCUUGAAACGAUCCGACACAAUUGCAGAGAGCAUGCCCGAUGCUUUGAGGCAGAGCACCUACCAUAUGAAGAGAUGUUUCAGCAGGUUGGUGGCAACAGGAAAAAGGUUACUGAAACGUCAACUUUUGAUGGAAGAAGUAGAGAAAUCAAUAGAAGACAAGGUUGAGAGAAGCAAGAUCCUGGAGGGACUGAUUGGUUUCAUUGUGAUAUCCACUCAGGAAGCAGCUGUUGUUCCGCCAUAUAUUGCUUUUGCUGUAAGACCAAAUCCGGGGUUCUGGGAGUUUGUUAAGGUGAACUCAGAAGACCUCCAUGUAGAUGCAAUUAACGCUUCAGAGUACUUGAAGUUUAAAGAAAUGAUCUUCGACCAAAAUUGGUCAAAUGAUGAGAAUGCUCUGGAAAUAGAUUUUGCUGCCAUUAAUUACAAUUCCCCUCACUUAACUCUUCCGUCUAGCAUUGGUAAUGGAGUUAGCUACAUCUCAAAGUUUAUGUUCUCAAAGCUAUGGGAGAGCUCCGAAAGCUCAAGGCCACUGCUGGACUACUUGUUGGCCCUUAAUCACCAGGGGGAGGAUCUCCUAAUCAAUGAAACUCUAGAUACGGUUGCCAAGCUUAAAACAGCUCUACUUACAGCUAACAAUGUCAUCUCCGCAUUACCCAAGGAAACGCCAUACAAGAACUUUGAGCAAAGGUUAAAAGAGUUAGGUUUUGAGAAAGGAUGGGGACACAAUGCAGAAAGAGUUCAAGAGACAAUGAUGACCCUUUCUGAGGUGCUACAAACACCGGAACCGGCAAAACUGGAGUCACUCUUUAGCUGGCUCCCAACCGUGUUUGGGAUCGUAAUCUUAUCACCUCACGGUUACUUCGGGCAGUCAGAUGUCCUCGGUUUGCCGGAUACUGGGGGCCAGGUAGUUUAUAUUCUUGAUCAAGUAAAAGCCCUUGAGGAAGCCUUGCUACUCAGAUUUAAACAACAAGGCCUGGCUGUGAAGCCUCAGAUUCUAGUGGUAACUCGUCUUAUUCCGGAUGCUCGCGGAACCAAGUGCAACCAAGAGCUGGAGCCGAUCAUCAAUACCAAGCACUCUCACAUUCUUAGGGUCCCAUUCCAGACAGAUAAUGGGGUACUUCAACAAUGGGUUUCGCGGUUUGACAUCUAUCCUUAUCUAGAGAAAUUUGCACAGGAUGCUGUUGCCAAAAUCCUUGAACACAUGGAAUGUAAGCCAGACCUCAUAAUUGGAAACUACAGUGAUGGAAAUUUGGUGGCGUCUCUAAUGGCUCGCAAACUUGGAAUCACUCAGGGAACUAUAGCUCACGCUUUAGAGAAAACCAAGUAUGAAGAUUCAGAUGUCAAAUGGAAAGAACUAGAAGCAAAGUAUCACUUUUCAUGUCAAUUCACUGCUGACAUUAUAGCAAUGAAUGCCACUGAUUUUAUCAUAACCAGCACCUAUCAGGAAAUUGCUGGAAGCAAGGAAAAGCCUGGACAAUAUGAAAGUCAUGCAGCAUUUACCAUGCCCGGACUUCAUCGGGUGGUCUCAGGCAUCAAUAUCUUCGACCCAAAGUUCAACAUAGUUGCCCCGGGGGCUGACCAGUCAGUCUACUUUCCCUACACAGAGAAAAAGAGGCGUCUAUCCUCUUUCCAUCCAGCCAUUGAAGAAUUACUCUACAGCCAGAACGAUAACAACGAGCACAUUGGCUUUCUGGCAGACCGGAGUAAGCCGAUUAUCUUCUCUAUGGCAAGACUUGAUACAGUGAAGAACAUUACAGGUCUAACUGAGUGGUUUGGAAAGAACAAAAGGCUUAGAGAUUUAGUAAAUCUCGUUGUUGUUGCUGGAUUCUUCGAUCCAUCCAAGUCGAAUGACAGAGAAGAACAAGCAGAAAUUAAAAGGAUGCAUCAGCUGAUGGAGCAAUAUCGACUUAGGGGUCAAUUCAGAUGGAUAGCCGCUCAAACCGAUAGGCUUCGCAAUGGAGAGCUGUAUCGUUGCAUUGCUGAUACAAAGGGAGCUUUCGUGCAGCCCGCACUAUAUGAGGCCUUUGGUCUGACUGUCAUCGAAGCAAUGAACUGUGGAUUACCCACAUUCGCAACCAACAAAGGAGGCCCAGCAGAGAUAAUUGUAGAUGGGGUCUCAGGUUUCCAUAUCGGUCCAAACAAUGGGGAUAAAUCCAGCAACAUCAUCGCUGAUUUCUUUGACAAGUGCAGGACAGAUGCUGAACAUUGGAAGAGAGUGUCAGCUGCAGGACUCCAUCGCAUACAAGAAUGCUAUACAUGGGAGAUUUAUGCGAACAAAUUGUUGAACAUGGGAUCUAUCUAUGGAUUUUGGAGGCAGUUGAACAAAGAACAAAAUCUAACUAAGCAAAGAUACAUUCAACUGCUCUACAAUCUCCAAUUUAGGAAUUUGGCAAGGACUGUGCCUAUUCCAAGGGAACAAGCCCAAGUACAUCUGCCCUUGCCCAUAACUAAACCCCAACAAUCAACAGUGCUAGAUGCUCCAGCUGAACCCCAGCAAAUACCGCCACUUGUAGUAUCUGACAAAGGCCCUCAACCUGCUGCAGAAACUUCGCGAACAAGGGUUAAAUCUUUGCAGCGGAAGAAGACUAGCUAUUUUCACAGAUUGUGCUUCAUAGUUGGUUAUCUCUUGCUCAUUUAUUAUGUCCUAAGAAAGUUGUACUACAAGUUUACGUGGUAAUAAUGAAUGUAAAUGUGAAGGACAGAGACCAAAUAUUAUUCAAUUUGUAAACGUUUGUUAAUGAAUAAGAUGCUUUCAAAGCCUUAAAGCAUAA